AGGGACAACGCCUCUCCUACUCAAAGCCUCAAAGCGCUAAGUGAUCUUCUGCUCUUCAACUCUCAUAAUCUUCUUCUUUUAUCUCAUUCAAGCUAUCUUAGUAGAGAAAUCAACAUGAGCGUGGAAGUAUUGGACGGUGCCACCAUCUUCAACUUCGUGGAGGACAAAGAGGCCUUCGAAGGCUCGGUUCAUGACCGCUUUGCUCGUCUCGACACGGACCAUGACGGUGUAUUAUCAUAUGCCGAGAUGGUGAGGGAGCUCCAGAGUCUGAGGAUCUUCGAGACCCACUUCGGCGUUGACGUCGAGACAGACCCCCAUGAGAUAGCUAUUGCCUAUCGUGCCCUGUUCGGCCGAUUUGACCGUGAUUCCAAUGGGGCGGUGGACUUGGAGGAAUUCAAGGCGGAGACCAAGCAGAUGAUGCUGGCCAUGGCGAAUGGGUUGGGAUUCUUGCCCAUUCAAAUGGUACUUGAGGAGGACAGUUUCCUAAAGAAAGCUGUGGAAUGGGAGUCCGCCAAAAUUGCAGGUGCAGCUGCUUAAAAGUGUUUUCUUCGGUUUUCCCCAACUAUUCUACUUCACUUCUGUUUAGCUGACAGUCUUACAAGCAUUUUACCUUUUUAAAUUAUCAAUGUUGUAUAAUUCUUUUUGGGCAUUAAAUCAAACAAUUAAUACUCCUUUUUGGCU